AUGUCGAAGGCACAUCCACCAGAGCUAAAAAAGUUCAUGGACAAAAAGUUGUCAAUUAAGUUGAACGCCGGGCGAGCUGUUAUUGGCGUCCUUCGGGGAUUCGAUCCAUUCAUGAAUCUUGUGCUUGAUGAGUCAGUAGAAGAAUCCAAGGAUGGCCAACGUAACAAUAUUGGCAUGGUGGUAAUCCGAGGGAAUAGUAUUGUCAUGUUGGAGUCACUAGAUAGAAUAUAG